CAGGGGAGCACGGCAAUGGACACUUCAUCACGAGCGAACAUAGAGGAGGACGUGACCUGCCCCAUCUGCCAGCAGCUCCUGACAGAACCCUUGAGCCUGGACUGCGGCCACAGCUUCUGCCAAGCCUGCAUCACCACCAACAGCCAGUCAGUGGGCCUCUUAGGAGGGCAAUGCCGCUGUCCUGUGUGCCAGAGCAGUUACGAGCCUUGGAACCUCCGGCCUAAUAGGCAGCUGGCCAGCAUAGUGGAGAAAAUCAAGGGAAUCAAUAUGAGUUCACACCAGUGGCAGAGGAGAGAUCUCUGUGAGCACCACGGGGGAAAUUGCCAUCUCUUCUGUAAUGAGGAUGAAAAGGCUAUUUGCAGCAGUUGUGUCCAGGAGCACCAAGGUCACCAAAUAUGCCCCGUGGAGGAGGUGGUCCAAGAAUGUCAGGAGAGGCUCCAGGCAGCUCUAGACAGACUGACGCAGGAGCAGCAGGAAGCCGAGAAGCUGGAAGAGAAGAUCGAUGAUGAGAGAGCCACCUGGAAGACAGAGAGAGAGAGGAUUCAGAAAGGGUUUGAGGAAAUGAGAGGCAUUCUGGACAGAGAGGAGCGAAGGGAGCUGUUUCAGCUGGAGGACGACCAAGUGCACGUGCUGGAUAACUUGGCCAUGGCUAAAGACCAGGUGGCCCAGCAGAGGCAAUACAUGAGGGAGCUCGCCUCAGGUCUCCAGUGUCACAACUAUGAAUCAUCUGUACGCACGCUGCCGGAUAUGAUUAACAUCAUAAGAAGAAGCGAGUCCUGGACCUUGAAGAAGCCAAAAGUUUUUCCCAAGAAACUAAAGAGUGCAUUCCGAUUACCAGAUCUGAGUAGGAUGCUGCAAGAGUUUAAAGAGCUGACAGGAGUCCAAAGCUACUGGGUGGACCUGACGAUGAAUCCACUCAGUGCCCUUUCGAACGUUGUCAUUUCUGCGGAUCAGAAACAAGUGACAAUGGGGGACGAUUUUAUGUUUAGGAAUGUAUAUCCGUGUAACUUUUCUGCUUUGGAUGUCUUGGGAAGCAAAAAUUUCUCCUCAGGAAAAUACUACUGGGAAGUUGAUGUGUCUGGGAAGACAGCUUGGAUCCUGGGGGUACACAGUAACACAAGUAACCUCAACAGAAAAAGCAGCUCUGGGUUUGUUUUCAACCCAAACGUAAAUUAUCCAAAUGUUUACUCCAGAUUCAAACCUGAAAAUGGCUACUGGGUUGUAGGGCUGCACAAUGAAUCCGAGUACAGUGCCUUCGAGGACUCUUCCACCGCUGAUCCCAGGGUCUUGACGCUUUCCAUGGCUGCUCCUCCCCGUCGGGUUGGGGUUUUCCUAGACUAUGAAGCAGGCACUGUCUCAUUUUUUAAUGUCACAAACCAUGGGUCACUCAUCUAUAAAUUCUCUAAAUGUUGCUUUUCUCACGCUGUUUAUCCCUAUUUCAAUCCUUGGAACUGUCCCGUUCCCAUGACUCUGUGCCCACCAAGCUCCUGAACCUUCUCCUUCCCCCACCCACUUCUGUGCAGUGACCG